AUGACCGAUCAUUCCGAAAACGUGUACUACUGCCUAGUUUACUGCCCUCGCGAGGACAUGGACGACGGCGAAGAGUUCGGCGGAAUAUUCGGAAACUCCCCUGAGCAGCGGGAGCUUUUAGAAAAGACCGUACGCAACUUCUGUGAAGAAAAGUCUCGUUCACUCAAGUUAAAGUCGGACAACUCCAUCCUCGACCAACCCUUCGUAAAGCAAGAGGGCCGAAAUGAGUUAGAGAAUCUGUCGCUUGUGGACGAGGACGGCGAAGUGCUCUUGGUAAUUACCAAGGCAGCGGAUGUCGACCAGCAGGUGACGGACGCACUAAAUCAACCGACCCCACAAAGUCUCAACCUGUGUAGGAUUAUAUCGUUCCCUCCAGACUAUUUCGAAGACCCAUUGCCAGAGGAAGUCGAGGACAGAUGGGAUGCCGUAACACCAUACAUAACACCUGGUCAUGAUUCGUUCCUCUUCGGGGGGCUUGUGGCUACAUAUGUCUCAAUGGCGGAUGCCAGAGCGCAUGCGCUUGCUGAGUGCCAGAAACGAACGGAUCCGAAAAAUGGGAAGGAUUCGGACGUAUUGAACAUGGAUGAUCGGUUUUGGCUAAGUGCUACAACUGAAGAAGGGCGAUUAAGGCAUAUUAUCGUUGUUGGAAAGUGGAGACGUCGACGCGCUACUGGCAAAUGGGUACACGGGAAGAUGAGAUGA